GAAAGCCAGCCACUGCUUAGUGAUUAGCUUCACUGAUACAGAUAUUUUAACUUGGAUAUGUUCUAUGAAGUUGAUAAGAAUGUUCUGAUAUUUAAAGGAUUUCACUGGGUUCACUUCAGUGGGAUGCACCAAAGUCCAAAUUGUUCUUGCUUUUGUAGAGAACAAGAUGAUUAUCAGAGUGAGUUUCAUGAUUGUAGCUUCAGUUGCUGCAAUAAGGAUUUCGCGCACAAAAACCAGUUCUUCUACAAGGAAAAAGGGUACAUUAAAAUGUUCAGUGACGGGUCACUCUUAGAACAAGAGUUUGAAGAGGUGGAAAAUAGCACUGUUAAGGUUAAUAAUAAAGUGAGACAGAAUGAAGAGAAGGAGAUUAACUUUGAAAUGCCAAAAAAUCUGCUGACAGGAGAAUUUAAGGACUUGGAGCUGCUAUUAGGUGAUGAGAAAAUGUACAAUCUUACGGUGAAGGACAUAGUGCAGAAUUUGGUACCAAAUUACAAGCGGAGAGAAGCAAAGCUUGAAAAGAAGCUUCUUGAAUUGAAUGGUCUAAAGGAAAAGCAAUCUGCCAUUGCUCAAAUGCAAAAACAGUUGGAGGAAAAGACAGAAAAAGUGGACUUUCUUGAAAAAACCAUUGCUUCCUUUCGGUCAGAUAGUGAAAUUAUGCGAGAAAAAAUAAGAGAUGAUCAUAUGUCAAAAAAUCAGCUAGAUGUUGCAAAGAAAAUGAUAAAUGAGAUACAAAGGAAAAGGGGUGAUGCAGGUCCUGUGAGGGAGCAGAUAUUGAUGCUCCAACAGCAAGUGACUGAAUUUAAGAAGUUUCAAAGUUCAGGGGAAAAUUCUUCAACAAAUAAGAAACUCAAAGAUGUUCAAGACAUAGAGGUGGAAGUUUUGGAACUGAAGAGGAAAAACAAAGAGCUUGAAUUGGAAAAAAGGGAGACAAAAGUUAAGUUGGCUACUGCCCAAGCAAGAAUCAGAACAGAGGAGCAAAAAAGGUCAAGACUAGAAGAAGAAAUUGCUGGUUUACAACAUGUGCAUGAAGAACUUUCAGAGCUAGUUGAAACAUUGCAGAGAAACAGAUUUGACAUGGUCGAGGAAGUUGUGUACCAAAGGUGGCUUUACACAUUGUUGAGGUUUGAAAUUCAGGAGAAUCAAAGACAAAGUAGAAAGGCCUCAAGAAGAGAUUGCAACAAGAAUUCAAGCGAAGAUCUCUGUGAGAAAAAGCAUGCAUCAACAUCUGAUACAAUUGACCUUGAGCUUGAAAGCGUUUCCUCCAGUGUCACAUUAGAUGAGAGUGAUGAAAUUGAAACCACCACCUUUGCAAGCUCUUCUAGUAGCCAAAGUAGUAACAGUAGUAUGAAAAUGAAGGGAUGGAGAAAAACCAAAGAUUGGUGUAACAAAAUAUCAUCAAAAGGUAGAAAUCUAGGUAGCAGCCCUGGCUUAAUACGUAGGUUAUCCUUUUCCAUGUCAAAUAUUGGAUCAUAUGUAUCCAAGGCAGUGAACAGUGGUAAUACCCCAGUGAUGAACUUACUCCAAAAUGUGAAUUCUAAUACUACAUCCAAAUUAUUGGCAAAGAAGAAUAGAGUCUCUUUCAGUGAUUCAGUUAAACUAUCUACUCAUUCAGACAUUGCAGAGCUUGUUGAGAGUGCAGAAGAUGAGAAAGAAGAGAUAUCUGGGAAGAUCGUGGAGCUCACUUCUAAAGUGAACUCCAUCAACAUUGAUUCCAUUGAAGAGAAUGAAGGUGCCAGGAAAAUAGUUGUUCAUUCUGAUGAAGUGUAUUCAAGGAAUGAAGCCAUUUCUAGCGUUGGUGUCAGGAUCAAAAUCAUAAUGGUGUAUCUGGUGGCAUUUUUAUUCUUUUCCCUGAUUUUGCUAGCAUGUGUAUGGAUCAGAUAACAAUAUCCUUAAUUGUAUGAAACACAGUUGAAUUUGUGGUGACACUUUGAAAAUGAUGGUGCAUUGAAUGGAGAAAACCACCUGUGUCUUUAAUGUUACCAAUCAAUUUUUUGUUGAA